UCCGUGUUUAAUCCCAGCAUACAUUAUGAGUUCUGAAUCUGUUGUAUUAGUUUGUUGUUUUGGUUGUUUGUUGCUGCCAGGUCUUGUAUUACAGACAACAGGGUUUUUCUCGCCAUAUUGGAUCAAACAAAAUUCAACAACAGAUUGUUUUAGAGGAAUCUUUUUAACAGUGAACUGCGAGGACACCAUCAAAGGCCUUGGUUCCACUAUUCUGGGCCUUCAGACAACUGCUCUUAUUGUUAUUGUUCUGACAACAGCGGUCCUCAUAUACACCAUUUGCUGCAACAAAGACGAUAACGAAGAUGAUGAUGAUGUGGGUUGCUGCGCAAAAUUUGGAGUGUGCUUGCUAUGUUUAUAUCCUGUUGCAGGAAUUAUUGGUUUUGCUGGAUGUAUGGUUGUUAUCACAGAUUACAAAGACUAUGAGAAAGGAUGGGGAUUUUACCUUUGUCUGGCAGCAUCGUGCUACGUGAUGCUUGAGACCAUAUUCUGCUGCUGUGCAUUGUGCAAGUAUGCCAGGUCAGACAAAGACACAAAUUUUGGCCAAGAAAACGGCGGUCGGGAAGUUGUGCAGUAUGGUGGAUCUGGACGCAGUUACGACAACCGCGCGAUGGCUACCUCCGGAGGUGGGGGGAUUGUUUUGGGUCACGUGCAGGAGCACCACCAGUUGGAAAUAAGCAGCAGUGGUAACAUUAUGAUUAGAAAGCUGCAGAUUGCGAGAGUUUUCCACAUCAGCUGAAUGCUAUUGUAACACUUUCUGCAUAAACUUUUUAAACUAGUUAAUGUUUAUUUUAUAUUAUCCCUUUUUCUUGCAAACUUUAAUCUUGAGGGUUACAGAUUAUCCCUAGUGAAAAAAGAAGAAUCAAGAAUAGAAUAAUGUUUUUAGACAAAAUUUUUGAUUCUCCUUAAGAGUCGAUAAAUCCCUCGUUAACCAUGAUUACAAAAUAUUUAUUUUUCUCCUUAGAAUGUCUCACAGUAAUUCUGAAUUUAAAUCUGUAAUGUCUCACAGUAAUUCUGAAUUUAAAAAUAUUGAAAGAUAACAGGCUUCGGGGCCACCAACAUAUAAAAAUCGAAACUGAAAUCUCAGCCUAAAAUCUUAGAUUUCUGCCUCAACUGAGAUUUUUUUAACAAAUGUACCUUGCCACCAUAUUUUCUGAUACAUUGUAUUUAUCUCACGUAAGAUUAGUUCCAAGAAAAAAAUCUUAGACUCUUUCUAUUUGCUCUAUGCCUUUUUUCUACUGAUGCACUAGAUAGUUCAAUUAGUAAUGGAAUUUACUUUUUCAGUAGAUGUUUAUGUAGUAUUUUGGUGUAUAAUCGCAAAAAAUAAA